AUGAAAGGCAAAUACAGUUUAGCCCCUACUCUUACAAUGCCCUUAGCGUUUGCAAUUAAAAAAAUACCUUAUAUUUUAACUGGAAGUGUUUUCAUUUGUGUUCUUUUUCUUGCAGCACCUGCCACCGUUCGUUACGUCCAUAACGAUGUAGCGGUUCCCGACUUCUCUGCCUAUCGUCGUCAAGACGUGUUAGAUGCCACCACGUCUUCUCAAAGCAGCAGCGAAGCUAGAAAAGGGUUUUCCUACCUGGUGACUGCAACAACGUGUGUAGCUUCUGCAUAUGCUGCUAAGAAUGCUGUCACUGAGUUUAUUUCCAGCCUCAGUGCUUCUGCUGAUGUGCUAGCGUUGUCAAAGAUUGAGAUCAAGUUAUCUGACAUUCCAGAAGGCAAGAACAUGGCUUUCAAGUGGAGAGGGAAACCCCUUUUUGUGCGUCACAGAACCCAGGCAGAGAUUAAUCAGGAAGCUGAAGUUGAUUUGUCUAAACUGAGGGAUCCACAGCAUGAUUUAGACAGAGUACAGAAACCAGAAUGGGUUAUAUUAGUAGGUGUCUGCACUCAUCUUGGUUGUGUACCCAUUGCUAAUUCUGGAGAUUUUGGUGGUUAUUACUGCCCUUGCCAUGGGUCGCAUUAUGAUGCAUCCGGCAGAAUCAGGAAAGGCCCUGCUCCCUAUAACCUUGAGGUUCCAACUUACCAGUUUGUUGGUGAUGAUGUAGUGGUUGUUGGCUGAAAAACAAGAUGCUUGCUCACUUUCAUGUUCCAGUGAAUGUACACUGCAGGGGUAACUGAGAUUCUGGAAUGCUGUAAAACCAGAGGAUUCUAAAACCAUGUUAACUGUCCAGAUUCUCAACCCAGAAGUAUGUUUGAAUAUUUUCUUGUGUUCAGUUUUAAUAAAAACUUGAAGUGAGUGAACACUUGUUCCUGA